AGUAGUCAGUUUAUCUGCAAUACAUGAUUGUCUCGGUGUAUUUCGUUCAUCAAUCGUUCAUGUGAAAUUAAUUGACUAUUCGGGAAGAGGAGUAAUUGCAGUUAUCAAAAUCCCUGACGAUGGAUUCCAUUCGUUGGUGGACGUUAACACUUUUUUUAGGUGUUUUUAUAGCAGAAUGCAAAUCGGCACGAAUUCUUGCUGUAUUUCCAUUGGCAUCGGCUAGUCACAGUGCUGUAUUGCACACUAUUACUGUGGAAUUGGCGAAGAGAGGUCAUGAACUCGUUGUAUUUGAUGGAUAUCCAGUGGGUACGGAGAUUGAAAAUCUUAAAAAUUAUCGGGAACACCAUUUGGUGGAGAAUGAAGUGUCUUCUCAAGAGCUGCGGCAGGUCCUCAAACGUCAAGUGAAUCUCCUGCAAUUGAUGCUCAAGCUGCCGGAAGUUUCUGAAAGAUUAAUGGAGCGAACAUUCUCAAACCCGGAAAUGUCGAGACUGAUUGAACCGAACAGUGAAGAAACAUUUGAUCUUAUAAUCAUUGAAUGGGUAACUUGGGAUUCUUUGAAUGCACUCGGUUAUCGAUUUAAGGCACCAGUAAUUGGCCUCAUUACAGUUCCGAUAUCAGCAUUUGGUUUCUCAAUUGGUCUGCCCUUCCACUCGAUCGAUGUACCCCCAUAUAUGACUGGUGAAACUGGCGAGAAGACAUUUUUUCAGAGACUCAAGGGAUUCGCUAUAGAUUUUGCUCUAACGUCUUUCAUGUAUUACACCUUGAAUCGGCAGCAGAGAGUAAUUGAAAAAUACUUUGGGAGUGAUUAUCCCCAUGUCUAUGAUUUGAUGAGGAAUGUCAGCAUGAUUUUCACAGAUCAGGAGCAUUGGAUGCCCCAUCCGACGAUUGGAGCACCGAAUGUCAUCAAUAUGGGUGGAAUUCAUGUCUCCAGGGAAUCGGAACAACAGCUGACAAUUGACAUGAAGAAGUUCUUAGAUUCCGCUGACAACGGCUUCAUCUACUUCAGCCUGGGAUCUACUCUACCCGGACAUUAUAUGUCCGAUGAGACGCGGAAAAUUUUCACGGAAGUAUUCGCUGCCAUUCCUUAUCGCGUAAUUUGGAAGUGGGAGGCCGAUCUUCCAGGAAAGCCGGAUAAUGUUUUCAUAUCUAAAUGGCUGCCACAGAGAGCUAUUCUAGCCCAUCCUGCCAUCAAGGCCUUCAUCUAUCAGGGCGGUCUUCAGAGUACAGAAGAAGCUAUUUCAGCUGGUGUACCUCUGGUUGCAUUGCCAAUUUUCGGUGAUCAACAGAGCAACGUCAACAAAAUGGUGAACGUCGGUGGUGCAGUAAAGCUGGAUAUGCACAGUUUGACGAAGGAAGACUUGCAGAAGGCCAUCAUGGAGGUGGUGCUAAACAAUAAAUACAAACAAAAAAUAAUGGAGCUCCGAGAUCUGCUGAACGACAGGCCCCACGACCCAGUGAACAACACCAUGUGGUGGAUUGAAUAUGUCAUCCGACAUAAGGGCGCAUAUCACCUGAAAUUAACGCGAUCAACUCUCAUCUGGUAUCAAGCACAGAAUCUCGAUGUCAUUGCUCUCUCGACUAUUAUUCUCCUUAUCUUAUUAUUCGUCAUCUACAAAAUUUUUAGCUCCAUCGUGUCCCUCUGCCGCUGGAUACGCAUUAAAAAUAUCGAUAAAAUCAAGCAAUCGUAAAUAAUCGCGAUAACAAAUUAAAAAAUGAAUUAAAUGUGAUUAAUAAAUAAACAGUAAAAAAAUUAAUCCAUUGCCUUCUCAUAGCCACAAAUAGAAAACGUUCCUGGGAAUUGCUAUUGCUAAUAGGUAUGUAUUAUUUUUAAUUAAUAUAUGGUAAGAUCUUCU